UUUUAGAAAACAUAUCGAACCAAGUAUCCUAUGGUUAAGCAAUAAAUCUGCUUAAAAGAAUGACUGCAAGAAAGCCUGCGCGAUAUGGUCAUUUGGUGGUAGCUAUUCGUCAAUGUGGAGUAACUUUAACAAAGGAAUUAUUCCUGAAAAGAGUCAGUGAUAAUACACCUGAAGAAACUGACCAUGCUUGGACUGUAGAUGAUUUUUUAAGGGAAAAUAAAAAUGAAUUGCUGAAGCAUAAGCAGAUACAUUUAAAGAGAUAUAAGUUUUACCCUAGGAAUGAGAGAAAACCAAAUGUCAACAAGUGGGACUUGAGCACGCUCUGUUUCCUACUGUUAAAGUUCUGCAAUUUGAGAAAAGAGAUUCGCCAAGACAUAUUAAGUUUGCAACUUUUAAGAAACAAUGUAUUUCAUUUAGGAGGUACUGAAGAUGUUCCAAUAGACAAAUAUAAAAGUUAUAUUGAAACAUUGAAGGGCAUCACUGAUAGAUGUACAAAAGAGCUUGACAAUAAUCAGCUCAAGACAGAACUAGAAAGUAUUUUUGAAAAUAACAAAAACAUUCAAGCAGAAGACGUUGAAGACGGAGAAGAAGAAUUAAAACAAUGGUUCUCCGAAGAACAACAAUUCCGCGUGGGAGUAACAAUUGAGACCGAUGGAAAAGAUGUAGAUGAAGUAAAAGUAGAGUUGUUGGAGUAUCAUUGCAAGUUGGAACAAAAUAAACGGCCAAAAAAUAUUGAGACAACAAUAUCUAUUGGAAUAAGUUGGAUGGCUGGAAACAAAAAGUCAGAAGAACUUGCUGCAGCUCUGCAAGACUUAUCAUCUGGAACAAUUUCCACUGGAGAAUCUUCAGCAAGAAUAACAUUAAGGGUAACUUUAGAGAGAAUCUCAGACGACCUUCGUGAAAUGAAACCUGAUUUUGAAAGCGUUGGACCUGGUUCUAUUAUGUUCAAGUUCACAUGUUCCUCAGUAACAUCACUGAUAUACCUGCUGGAUUACUUUAGUGGACCAAUAUUGGGGAGAAGAUUGCAAAAUAUGGCAAUGGCAAUUGAAGAAAUGGUAGAUGACUUCGUGACAUUGCAAGUUUAUAUUCCUAAAAACGUAUACGAGGAAACAAUCAAAACAUUGGAACAUGUUAUAGACCAAGGAGACGGUAAUUGGGCCUUUGCACAACAAAAGAAAAAGUUAAGCGCAAAGGUAUUCAAUGACCCAUUGUAUGGUCAAAUAGAAUUGCACCCUAUAUGUAUGAUGAUUAUCGACACACCGCAGUUCCAAAGAUUGAGACAUAUCAAACAAUUAGAGACUGUGUAUUUAGUUUACCCGGGAGCAAGUCACAACAGAUUCGAACAUUCCAUAGGGGUAUGCCACCUAGCCGGUAAGCUGCUAAGAGUUCUUAAAGAACGCCAGCCUGAGCUAGACAUCACAUCAAAGGAUAUACUAUGUGUAGAGAUUGCUGCGCUUUGUCAUGAUCUAGGCCAGGGACCUUUCUCACAUGUGUUUGAACAAAAAUUCAUUCCUGCAUUUACUUCUCCUGGUACUGGAUGGAAGCACGAGAUGGCCUCAGUGAAGAUGUUUGAGCUUAUGAUAAAUGAAAACAAUCGUCAACUGUAUAAGGACUUCAAGCAGAUGAUACCUAGCUUUGAAGACAGAGAUAUUAUAUUUAUAAAAGAACUUAUCGGUGUUCGUAGGGAUAUAAAUGGAGAAAAUUGGCCGUACGAAGGAAGAAACAAGCUAAAGAGCUUUUUAUACGAGGUAGUAGCUAAUCACGUGACUGGGAUAGACGUUGACAGAUGGGACUAUAUUGCUCGCGAUAGCUACAUGCUCGGGAUGGAAAAUGGUUUUGAUCACAACAGGUGUAUACAUCAUGCACGGGUUCUUACUGCAGAAGGAAGAAAACAAAUCUGCUACAGAGAAAAGGCAGCUCAGGACAUAUAUGAUAUGUUUUAUGCAAGACUUACUCUAUACAGGAGGGCGUAUCAACACAAAACGCAUAAUAUUAUUGGAUUAAUGGUAUGCAAUGCUUUGCAUGAUGCAAAUGACCAGAUUUCAUAUGUCGGAGAAAACGGGACAAGGGUGAAAAUGUCUGACACAAUCUACGAUAUGAAGGCUUAUACACACUUAACUGAUGACGUCAUUCAAAAGAUACAGCGUUCUUCCAAAAAGGGUUUAGAGAAAUCAAAAGCUACAGUAGAAAGAAUAGUGCGCAGAGAUUUCUACAAAUGCAUAUGCCAGACACAAGUCAAAGUCACGGAGCAGAAAGAUAAAUUUGAGAAGGCAUCUGUUCAAGAAAACCUGUUUAACAGGAUUAAUCAGAAAAGAAAUGAUGAGAGAGAUUUGUCAGAAAUCCUUGAAAUAGACGUUGUUAACCUGGAUUACGGAAGCAAGGACAAAGAUCCAGUUACAAAUGUUUGGUUUUUCAAAAAAGGCCAAGAAGAUACACCUAUACGUAUUGGUAAAGAACAGGUUUCAUUUGUCUUACCGGACACGUUUGCCGAACAAUAUGUUCGAGUGUACUGUAGUGAAACAGACCAAGAAUUAUUCGAUGUAAUUGAAGAGUCCUUCGAAGAAUGGUGUAAGGAAAAUAAAAUUCCACAGCCAAAGGGUGCCAAGCUCGUCGGGACCACCUUGAGCAAUAGAGGCUCUUUGAAAAGAAAAUUAAAUGUGUCAGCACCCUAAUUCUACAUACACAUGUAGUAAAGUAAGAAGAUGAAAUUUUGGAAGAAGCAAUGGAAUUGAGAGCAGAAAAUUUUUGAAAAUUUUAUUUGUAUUUUAUUUUCACAGUAUUUUAUUUUUUCCAUUAUCCAUGUUGUAUCUUAUGUUUUGUGUAAUGGAAUUAAUGUGUACACAGAUGCUUAUUGUCUAACAAAGAUUGAGUUGAGUUGAAUUGAGGUAAAUUAUAACCCUAUGUUAAUACUCUACUGUUUUGUUAACAGCAGGAAAAAGGAAAUUACAUAAUAAUUUUACAUAAGUUUAGUUUAUAUUUUUCAUGUCAUUCUUGAUGAAACUAAAAUAGAAUAUAGCUGGAUCAAAUGUCAGUAACCACGAAUUUGCCCAAUAGCAAAAACGUAUCAAAAUGUUAAAAAUCUGUUUUAAACCAAAUGGCAAGAACGAUUAGAAGAAUGCUAUAAAGAGCAGAAUGAAAAAAAUAUGAACUUUCUCAAAAGUUCAUAUGUAAACCUUAUUUGAAUGUUAUUAAAGAACAUCAUUUACAAAGUUUAAAAUUAGUGCUCAUUUAUUAGAAAAGAAACGUGAAGGUAUCUAAAUAUACGUGUUGGUGAAUGAAUUUGCAAAUGCUGCUCAUGUAAGAGGAUAUUGAAAUUGAAGAAUAUUUAAUGUUGAGAUAUCAUCUUUAUGAUUCUGCAAGAACUCUGUUAAUAUCUAAUACUAGUAUAUCAUAAAAUGUAAAAAGACUUUGAAGCAAGGAAAAAAGUCGGAGCAGUUUUUUAUGAUGUGCAGCAAGAAUAAUGAAACUAUUACUACAUUUUUUAAGUGUUUUAAUUAAGACACACAUUUCAUAACAAUAACUAUGUACUCAUUUUUUAUUAUUUGUAUAUAAAUAUUACAUAGAUCAUUUUUGAUCAGCAAGAAGUAUAAUUUUGUGAGGCAUAUAAUUCUUCUAUCUAUCACAAUUAUUUUGCCAAUGUUAAUAGGCUGUAACAUAUUGAACAAUAGAAUGGAAUCGUAUUUACAAUGUAAUAUAUUAUAUUGCAACUGGUGAAUUUAUAUCUGAAUAUUUCUUUCAUGUUAGGUUUAAAGGCCUAUUAUGCCUCAGAAAUAUUAUUCUGGAAUUUUCUUUUUAUUUCUGUUUUGAUAUAAAUGUAUAUAUAUACAUUCUCAUUUGCUAUAUUCAUGAACUAUCUUUUGUAUCUUUAGUUUUGUUUGUUCUGUUUGCAAUUGGUAUAAUUAUAGUGAAUAAGUUUUUUGUACUUCUUCUUUGUUUACAUUUUGCUACAUUUAAGACACAUAAAGUCAUGUAACGCAACUUUUUAAGUAGUAAAAAUGCACUUAAUUCAUUACCUAAACAUUAUUGAACACAUAUAUUUGACAUUUCUAAAAAAUAUAUGGAUAUCUGAGGCAGAAUGUGUCUCAUAUUUAUUAUACUAUACAAUACGACUUAGUGAUUCGCCUGUUCAUAUUAUGAACAAGUGGAAUGGAAAACUGUAAAGUUGUAUACAGUUUAAGUGUAAAUGUAUUAUUAACU